AUGCCACCAAUUCGUGCUAAAUCCUCGCAUAAACUGACUAGUCAAGAGGGCAAGAUCCUAUUAGCCCUCUCCGAUAUUAAAGAUGGCCGCGUCAAGUCUAUUCGUGCAGCAGCGAAGCUAUACGAAAUUCCGCACAGUACCCUACAUACGCGUGCAUAUGGUGUAGUCUCUAUCAAUGAGAGACGCAACCCCAACCAGAAAUUGACCCAGUUAGAAGAGGAUUCGCUUGCUACAUGGAUACUCUCUAUGGAUUCGCGGGGGGCAGCGCCUAGGCCCUCUACCGUUCGAGAGAUAGCCAAUAUCCUUCUUGCAGCGCGUGGAACUAUCCCUCCCUUAACUGUUAGCGUUAAUUAG